CGUCGAAUAUUUAAAAUUUGGCCACGCUUUGAAAGUGGUUCCUGUCCAGACCGGAAGUGAAAGCAAGUUUGUCUUGUCUGCGCCGAAGUGGAACAUGUCAGACUGGGAGGACGAGUACGAUGGAGACGGCGUUGCUAUAGCGAAACCCGCACCCAAAACAACUGAUGCCGAAAGGAAAAGCGUCAGGAAAGACGGUCCGGAAGAUAGAAAUGUCCAUUUCGGUGCAAAAAGUCGAACCUGGUCCGGAGAAUCCAGAGAUGCCAGAAGUGAGCGCAGCUGGGAGGGAUUGGAGUUCAGGAACCGAAGAGGUCCCGCAGACCGCGGCGGAGGCCCCCGAGAGCGGCGGAGCGGGGACGAAAUGGCCGACGGCUCCCAACAAUCUAUUUUGAAAGUAGAAAACGUGUCCAUUGGAAGGAUAAUCGGGCGCGGGGGAGCGAAAAUACGGGAACUUGAAGAGAGCAGCGGCGCGAGGAUAAAGAUUACCAGGGGAGAUUAUGAAGGAGAAGUGGCCAUCUUCGGAUCAUCUGCUGCACAGCAAAAGGCCAAAGAAAUGAUUGAAGACCUGGUUUCCGGCGGCACCUCCCAGUUUAGUUACGGUCCAGGCAGGGGGCAGUGCAGUGACGGGGAAAGGUUCAGAGGAGGGGCGGAUAAAGGAGCCAUGAGCAGGAACGGCUCCGUGUGGGCAAAGGACGUGCCGCGGGCUCCAAGCGAUGCUCCAGCCCCUCCAUCCAUCGACUGGAACGACAUCCGACAAAACAGAAAGAAGUAUGAGGAGCUGAAAUGGAAAGACCUCCCACCACUGAAGAAGAACUUUUACACUGAAGCAGCGAGCGUGUCCAGGCUCACACCCGAGGAAGUCGUUGAAUGGAGGAAGGAGAAUAACAACAUAUUUGUAGAUGACUUAAAGGAGGAUGGAGAAAAGCGCUCCAUACCUCGUCCCUGUCGUACAUUUCUGGAGGCAUUCAGCGCUUACCCAGAGAUUAUGGAAAAUAUUGAGCGUGUUGGUUUUGUCAAACCAACCCCCAUACAGUCUCAGGCAUGGCCAGUGUUAAUGAGUGGAGACGACCUGAUAGCGAUUGCUCAGACAGGAACAGGGAAAACUCUGGCCUACCUGCUGCCAGGAUUCAUCCACAUGGAUGGGCAGCCUGUAUGCAGAGAUGAGAGGGAUGGUCCAGGCAUGUUGGUGCUGACUCCUACCAGAGAACUAGCUCUGCAGAUCGAAGCAGAGUGCAGCAAGUACAGUUAUAAAGGAUACAAAAGCAUCUGCAUCUAUGGAGGGGGUGACAGGAGAGGCCAGAUCAACCUGGUGAAGAGCGGCGUGGACAUCGUGAUCGCCACGCCAGGCCGACUCCACGAUUUACAGAUGAACGAGCUCAUCAACCUUCGCUCCAUCACCUACCUGGUGCUGGACGAGGCUGACCGCAUGCUGGAUAUGGGCUUCGAACCCCAGAUCCUGAAGAUUCUGCUGGACAUCCGUCCGGACCGGCAGACUGUCAUGACCAGUGCCACCUGGCCCACAGGUGUAAGGAGAUUGUCCAAAUCCUACCUAAAGAAUCCUAUAAUGGUUUACGUGGGGACUCUGGACCUGGCUGCAGUGAACACAGUGCAGCAGUCACUGCUGAUUGUUCAGGAGGAGGAGAAAAAGAUGUACGUUUACGACUUCAUCAGGAACAUGAAGCCUCAGGACAAAGUCUUGGUCUUUGUGGGCAAGAAGAUUGUCGCCGAUGACCUGACGAGUGACCUCUGCCUGCAAGGAAUCGCCGUGCAGUGCCUCCAUGGAGACCGCGAGCAGAGCGUCCGUGAAGAGGCCCUCAGCGACUUCAAGGAGAGUCGAGUUCGCAUCCUGGUCGCCACCGAUCUGGCUUCCAGGGGCCUGGACGUCCAUGACAUAACGCAUGUUUUUAACUACGACUUCCCACGAAACAUAGAGGAGUACGUCCACCGAGUGGGCCGCACGGGCCGAGCUGGACGAUCGGGUGCUGCCAUCACUCUAUUAACAAGAGACAACUGGAGGAUGGCACCGGAGCUGAUCUCUAUCCUGGAAAGAGCAGGACAAGACGUCCCAGAAGAGUUGGUGCUGAUGGCAGAGAGAUACGAGAAGCACAAGAAGGAGAGAGAGAUGUGUCCUCCUCGAGGACGCGGAUGGGAGGGCGGAGGAGGAGGAGGCGGCGGUGGAGGGAGAGGCGGCAGAGACAGAGGGCAAAGCUGGCGAUACUAAUGUCUGUAGAUCAGGCUGGGAUCCCAUCUAAAGUUGGCUGUAAUUUCUUCAGCAUGUAAAAGUUUCGUUUAGUGUUUAAGUGUGGUAUUUUUUUCCUCUGCAUGAAUGACCAUCGGGUGUUGCCGUUUGUUUUGCCAGGUACACACCGUUGCUUUUAAAGGCUAACAAAUGCACUGUUUCAAGUCUGGUAUUUGCUUUAUACGUCCCGCAUCAACUUUGUUUAUAUAGACUGAUUGUUUUUGCAGUGUGUUUUUUCUUUUGUUUUGUUUUUGGGAUAAAGUGUUC